AUGCGGCUUCAUAGUACAGCCAGAAGUUCUCCCAUUGCGAUUAGUCCAUCAAAGACCGAAAUUCAAAAUGGGCGUCUAAGUCCACAAAACCUUGAGGUUGCCAUGCGGAGUCUGCAUAGCGAUGGUCUUGUCCUUGUGAAUGAUGUCGUUCCCCCUGAUAUGCUCGACCGAUUGAACGAGAAGAUGGUACAAGAUGCCUACAAGCUCUACGCGCGAAAGGAAAGCGCUCCGUUCAACUACAACCCCAACAAUCUCCAGCAAGACCCUCCUCCGAUGCGCGAGUACUUCGAGUCUGAAAUAUUCCUAAAUCCCAUUGCGACUCAGAUCACAUCGACCGCAUUAGGUCCACGCCCCAAAUGGACCUUUUGUUCUGGAAACACUGCCAUGCCGCCGACACCCGAAAACCCCCCGGCCUCUCAGCCGGUGCACUCAGACGCAGAUUUUGAACACCCUACUCACCCAUUUGCCUAUGUUGUCAACGUCCCUCUCAUAACCAUGACACCGGAAAAUGGCUCGACUGAGGUCUGGCUCGGGACGCACAAGGAUUCAAACUUGUAUAUUCAAGAAGGUCAACACGGCGAGCGGGCAAGUGGUCGGAUCAAGACUGGAGAGCUAGAAAAGCGCCGGGUGAUCCGUCCCCCUAUUCAGCCAGUUGUACCGAAGGGUUCUAUCAUCAUCCGUGAUCUGCGACUCUGGCACGCUGGAGUUGGCAAUCAAACGGAUACAGUUCGAGUUAUGCUAGCAAUGAUUCAUUUCGCGCCGUGGUAUCGAAAUCAAAUGAAAUUGCAACUCGCAGAUGAUCUAGAGGGCAUCAUCAAAAAUGAGCGGUCCUUGGAAAUCCCCGUGGAAUGGGCAUCAAAAACCGCUAUCAAGGAUCAGUAUCUGAAUAGCGCAUUUGGCAACGCCUAUGACUUUAGCCAGGGGAUCAAUUGA